UCUCUCUGCCCGCAAACAGCUGUGAGCGAAACAGUGUGCAGGAGGGCUCUUCAGAAACAUACACACGAACGGGACAAAAUGGGAGUAGAGAUCGAGACCAUAACCCCCGGCGAUGGGAGGACCUUUCCCAAAAAAGGACAGACAUGUGUGGUGCAUUAUGUUGGCUCUCUGACAGAUGGACGAAAGUUUGACUCUUCCCGUGACCGUGAAAAGCCAUUUAAGUUCAAGAUUGGUAAACAGGAAGUGAUCCGUGGCUGGGAGGAAGGUAUUGUGCAGAUGAGUGUGGGCCAACGCGCAAAGCUGACCUGUUCACCUGAUUUUGCCUACGGUAAUAAAGGCCAUCCUGGGAUUAUUCCCCCAAAUGCCACCCUCAUCUUCGAUGUGGAGCUUCUCAGUUUGGAGUGAUUUAAUGCUAUUCACUGCCUUUUGUUCAUUUUUCAUUAUUUUAUAAAUGUUUCAAGUGUCAAAAUGUUAGGGUUACACUUUAUAUUGUUACACUGUAAUUAUACAUUUAAGUACUGAGUAAUAUUAAGAAACUACAUAGGGUUAGGAUUAGGGUUGGGUUUGGUUUAUGGAUAGUUGCA